CAUGUUGGAUAUGAAUCAAGAUCUUUUAGAACGCUAGAAGAUUUCAUAUUACUGUAUAUCGUGCUCACUAUUUAGAAACGAGAUGUAUUAGUAUUCAUUGUUAGUAAUCGUUUAAAACACGGACAAACCAAGGUGUUGACUUUCUCGAGAUAGGUCAGAAAUGUUUUUAGAAUAUUGUGUAUUCAUUGUUAGCAGUCAAGUUGUUGAGCAUUUGAUAGGUCCAAAACGUUUUGUUUUGAAUUUUUUAGAAUGUGUGAAGUAUUCGUUUAAAACACGGAGAAAUCAAGUUGCUGUGCUUCUCGAGGUCCAAAACGUUUUUGGAAUAUUGUGUAUUCAUUGUUAGCGAUCCUUUAAAACACGGAGAAAUCAAGGUGUUGAGCGUUUGAUAGGUCCAAAACGUUUUGUUUUGGCGUUUUCGAAAUAUGGUGUGUUUUUAGACUAUGUGUUGUAAUUUAUUGAUACAGCAUUUCUUGGACAAAAUGGAAGAGUACAGUGGACCGAGCGAGCCCUGGGACCAAGACCUCAACGACACAAUGUCUCCAGGAAAUAUAACAAACUUUAACAUGACGAUGAAAAUCGACAAGGGCUUUGAUGUUGUUUGUAGCAGCCCGGCAGUGGGCAACUCCACGGGAUGCAAUAAAGCAGCGCUUGGGAUCAGUCUCUCGACGCCGAUAUUGAUGCUGUCCACGGGUGUCUUGGGAAACAUAUUAGCGUUGCUGGUGCUCUACACAUCCAAAAGAGAAAUGAAGAAGACAAUAUUCUUCCCGCUACUUCUCGGAUUAGCUUGGACUGAUCUCAUUGGACAACUCUGUACUGGGCCCAUCGCCAUCUUAACGUACGCAAAUAAUUUAAAGUGGGUCGGAGGAGAUGAACUGUGUACGUAUCAUGGAUUCGUCAUGGUGUGGUUCGGACUCUUGACUCCGCUAAUCGCCUGCAGUAUGUCUCUGGAACGGUUUGUGGCUUUACGAUUCUCUUAUUUCUACGCCCGUGUUGCUACCAGAAGAAUGGCUCAGUAUUGUAUCGUGGCGUGCUGGAUCAUCACCAUGUUCAUCUGCUCCUUCCCUUUGAUGGGAUUUGGUAGUUACGAGCACCAGUUCCCAGGAUCCUGGUGUUUCUUGAACUUCCACCGAGAAAGUAAUUUGGAUACAGCUUAUGCCAGUAUAUUCGCAAUAUUAAAUAUCCUCUUUAUUGUGAUCAUGGUCGUGUGUAACGUGACGGUGGUGGUCACUCUCAUCAUCAUGAGGAGAAGCCGCAAGAUAAUAAACUCCCCCUCCGUAGAAAGGAGGUACUCGGUGAAACCUAAAUCGAUUCUUCAGAUGGAAAUUGAGACCCAGAUGGCUUGGUUUUUAUGUGCAAUAACCAUAGUAUUCACCACUUGUUGGUUACCUCUUAAUGUCCAUAUAAUUAUUAACCAAGUGACCGGGAAGACAGAUCGGGCCAAGGAUUUGAUCAGUGUGCGAUUAGCCAGUAUAAACCAGAUACUGGAUCCCUGGUUAUAUAUCUUGUUGAGGAAAGCCAUGUUUAUAAAAAUACUAAAACGGCUUAAAGGAUAUAUAUUUUCACACAAGAGUAAUUCGAUAACCCAGAAAUAUUCUCACCACGCUGGAUCGAAAACACAGCCCAGUAAAAACUUCGAUAAGGACGUUAUUGAUCAUCAUCAUCCAUGCCUGUCGAUAGCCAGCGUCGAUUGUGAUAGUACUGCCAAGUUAGUUCCCGUAGUAAACACGGUGAAGACGCCUGCUCCGAGUUCACCAGUGGAUAAAAAACUUCCAGACGCGGGAAACGGUGAUUCCGAAACAGACGUAUUCCUCAAGAAUGAAAUUAAAGAAAAUUCCAAAAAUUUAAGUAAAAAAUGCAGACGAUCGUUCAAUAGUUGCGAGGAAAAAUCCAAGAGUAAUUUCCCUUUAGUGCAAAGACUGAAUAGUCUGCCGAACUGUUUGACAGCUGAGGAUGUUGAAAAGGGUAAAACUCCAAACAGCCUCGAUUCGAGUCGGCGAUAAAGCGCAUUGAUUUGUGAUUUUUUUUUUAUGUUCGUCUCAGGUUUAAUUUUGUUUUGCUUUUAAUUUUGACGACGUCAUUUCGACAAACUGUGACGUAUAGACGUUGCGAGGAUUCGUUGUUCUCUCUAAUACUGUGAUUCUAUGUGUGUACCUGUAAACUUUUAUCAUUCAUCAUCAUAACGAUCUAACAGACUGGAUAAUCGACUCUAAUACGUCAGACUCGGUGCUACGUGACCCCUUGUCUGUCUGAUACACUGGAUAAUCGGCUCUAAUUUGUCAGACUAGCUCCUACGUGACACCGGGUCAUGACGUAGAACAGGCUUGUUAGAUUGAAAAGCCGACUACCCAACACGUUGAACUCGCGCCUACACUACUCGUUUUUUUUACUUGUAUAUCAAUCUGAUUAAAACACAGGAUUUCGUUUCGUUUUUAUAGUUCAAAAUUUCAUUUUACUUGUCUUUACUACACUAGGAUCUGGAAGAGUUGUUAUCAUUGACGUUUCUGAAUGAUGUGAGCUAUUAGCCAGUGAAACGGUCUGUUACGGCGAGCUUUCGGCGUGUUUUGCACUGAACUGUGUGUAAUCCUCUAGUAGCAUCAAUGCUGAUUGAUUAAUCAAAAACCGCUCGUAUGACCUCUUACGCGACCUAUCGCUACAACAGGUCAGAUCUUCCAUGUAGUGUAGGCCAUCGAAAGUAUGUAAAAACGAAACGAAAUAUAGAUCUGGGCCCUGUUUCACGAAAUUUUAACUAAAGAUAAAAUCCAAAUUUUAGUAGAUACUUCAAUUUUGAUUGGCUAAGCACUAAAAUCAAUCUAAUAUUAUCCAAUCAAAUUACUAAAAUUUGGAUUUUAUCUUAGUUAAAAUUUCGUGAAACAGGCCCCUGUAUUGUAAUCAGAUAGCUUGUAUAUAUACUACGAGUCAGAAUGACACUAUGAUAUUUUGAGGGUUUAGUUCAAAUAUUAGUAUAUAUUAGCCGUUAUCCAUUGAAAAGACUGCAUUCUAUAACUGAUUUUGUUGAAUAUUUCGUGAAUAACGUCCUGUGUAAUCUGUUGGUAGCCCAGAUAAUCUGGUCUUUGAUUAGUCUCUGUCACCUAGAACCUCCUAGUCUUCAACGUCUGGGUCAGUUGUCAACAUUUGACGAAAUUUACUGGAUAAUCAACCACAUGAAAAACAAACUCCAAGUUACGCAUGGGCAAUGGAACGUUUUGGCUAAAGUCAAGUAAGAGUUGCGCCCCGUCCCGGAAUAAAUCCCAUAAUUCGUGCAUUAUUACAAACAAACUUGAAUCGUGACGACGAAUUAUGAUUACUAAAAAUGCAUAGAUAUGGCCAUUGAAAAGAGACAUUUCACAAUAAAAAUUCAAGAGUGUCGAAUAUUGAACAAGCAUUGUAAAUAGAUUUUUCUGAAAUGGCAAUUCUUAAAUUAAUUUCAUGGGCGUCGACAUUUUGUUUUAGGGCUAAGGCUAGAUACCUCCCUUAGAUUUUGUUCAUGAUAAUGAAAAAGACCGGAUAAUCUAGCCGCAGACCUAGUUAUUCUCCAUGCAGACUAAUUCGUAGAAAUGUGUCUGAAUGAUAGAGACUAUUCUUUGAUAUGUGAUUGUACGCCAUUGAAAGAGGGUGGGGGCUUAUGGUUAGCUCGUGCGCGUUAUAUCAUAAGGCCUGUCAUUAAGUCAAUUGACGUGGUUUGGAUUCCCCGCUUGUACGUGACAAGGAGUAGAGUGGCCUGUCCAACCUCGUGGGUUUUUCCGGGUCCUCCAGUUUCCUCCCACUGCUAAAGACCCCUACGCGCGAGCGAAUUAUUUGAAAUAAAAUUGAAACAUAUGCUAGUCCCCAAAUGACCUAGUUUGCAUCGAGUGGACUUUAACCCCAUUUCUUGUUCUCUCGUACGCCAUUUCUCGCAGAUCGUGCAGUAUAGACCAUUUUAUCAAGUCCACUUCAUUUAGAGCUGGAUAUCCAGUCUACAGUCCUGACCACGACAUUUGGACGAGAUUGACCAGUCUGCAUAUGUAAAUUAUCAUUUAUAUAGACCCUGUUUUUAUUCAUCUAACGUCGCCAUUUCAACAUUUCUAUAUAAGUGGGUAAGACGCUGGCUCGCUAGCCUGGAAGUCGGGUGUUUGAUCCCUACAUUUGCCGAGAAAGUUCAUCCAGAUUUUCCGGCGUGGUUUCCCCUUGUCAGUGAUGCAGAAUCGAGGGCCUGACAAGGACAGCUGUCUAGUCGUUCGGAUGGGACGAAAACCCGAGGUCCCGUGUACACAUUGGCGUGCACGUAAAAGAUCCCUUGGCAGUUGGAAUUCGAUAUAAGAGUAGGCCGUAGCGCCGCUGCCCGGUCAAAAUUUCCCUCAUAGCACACUGUAUGGCGUAUGCCCAUCUUCAUUAGCCCAGGUUAGGAGCAGAACAGUAGGACGUUAAAACCCAUUUCAUUUCAUUUCAACAUUUCUAUAUAUUUUUCAUACAGCCGCUUAAUAUGUUAAUAUGUACUUAUUCAUUUUGAUCGUGGUAUAUUUUGUAAAUUAUUUUUUUGUCUUGUUUAUUAUUAUUUUUACAGUAUAGUCCAUUAAUUGUGAUCAAAUCGUUUGAAAACCAAUAAACGUUGGAUAAAAUU